AUGGUCAACCAGGAGCAAAACAAUAACCUUACUGCUAUGCCUACUAUAGAAGAGUUGAAAGAGAUAGUAUUCUCUAUGAAUCCUAAUUCUGCUGCUGGGCUGGAUGUGAUGAAUGGCUACUUCUUUCAGAAAUGCUGGCAAAUCAUCAAAAAUGAUGUCUUUGGAGUCAUUCAAGUCUUUUUCUGUGGCGAGAUAAUCCCUAAGUACUUUUCUCACUCUUGCAUUGUUCUUCUUCCUAAAGUGAGCAAUCCCACCAAGAUCACUAAGUUCAGGCCCAUCAGUUUAAGCAACUUUACUAGCAAGAUCAUUUCUAAAUUGGUGAGCUCCAGACUUGGUCCUAUUCAACAUGAGUUAGUGUCCCUCAACCAAUAUGGUUUUGUCAAAGGUAGGAGCAUAUCUGAGAACUUUAUGCUGGCACAAGAGAUUAUUCAUCAGAUUUGGAAACCUAAUAUUGGGAGCAAUGUGGUUAUCAAACUGGACAUGGCUAAGGCCUAUGAUAGGGUCUCCAGGUCCUAUACAUGUUUGGUGUUGCGAAGAAUGGGGUUUGAUGAGGUCUUUAUUGAAAUGGUUUAG